ACAGUCCUUCUCGUCAGCUGUUCGCCUCAGCCUGUCAGCAGCAAUGUAAACAUUUCACUCAUGUGCGGUGAAUUAGCCUACAGGUUAGCGGAGACCUUUUCAAUAUACGUGUUACUUAUUCCCGACGAACCACUGGACCGCGACCAGCCUGUCGGUUUUCUUCCCGGCAGAUACUCUGGGAAUCUCUGAUGUCGCUGUGUGAGCAUGGCCUCAACUUCCAGUUUUGCCCCUCCAAAGCUAGUGGACUUCAUCCUGACAGAGCGGCUGGGCAGCGGCACAUACGCUACUGUCUACAAAGCCUACAGGAAGGGGAACAGCCGAGAAGUGGUGGCAGUGAAAGUUGUCGGGAAGAAGACGCUCAACAAGGCCUCCACAGAAAACCUGCUCACAGAGAUUGAAAUCUUGAAGACCGUGCGUCACCCUCAUAUAGUCCAGCUGAAAGACUUUCAGUGGGAUGCAGAGAACAUUUAUUUGAUUUUGGAAUGGUGUUCAGGUGGAGAUCUCUCCCGCUUUAUACGCAGUCGCAGGAUAUUACCUGAGAGUUUAGCUCGACGCUUCCUGCAGCAGAUAGCCUGCGCUCUUCAGUUUCUUCAUGAGCGGAAUAUCUCACACUUGGACUUGAAGCCCCAGAAUAUUCUGCUUAGCGGUUCUGUCCUCAAACUGGCAGAUUUCGGGUUUGCCCAGUACAUGUCGCCAUGGGAUGAGAAGAGUGUGCUGAGAGGUUCUCCUCUCUACAUGGCUCCUGAGAUGGUGUGCCGACGCCAGUAUGACUCCAGAGUGGAUCUGUGGUCAGUAGGAGUUAUUCUUUAUGAAGCGCUGUUUGGACGAGCCCCGUUUGCAUCAAAGUCAUACGCUGAACUGGAGGAGAAAAUACGAAGCAAUCAACCAAUCGAGCUCCCUCCCGGGGCUCGGGUCUCCAAGGACUGCAGAGACCUUCUGCUGCGGCUGCUAGAGCGAAAUCCGGAUGCCCGGAUCACCUUCGAGGAGUUCUUCACUCACCCCUUCGUGGAUAUGGAGCACAUGCCAAGCGGAGACAGCAUAGUGAAAGCAAAACAGCUGGUGCUGCAGGCCGUGCAGAAGGACCAGGAGGGGGAGCGGUCCGAAGCGUUGUCUUUCUACUGCAGUGCCCUCGAGCACUUUGUCCCUGCCAUUCACUAUGAGACAGACCGACAACGUAAAGAUGCCCUCAGGCAGAAGGUCAAACAGUACGUGUCGAGGGCCGAGGAGCUGAAAGCCCUGCUCGCUUCGGACAACAAGCGGAGCUUCGAGGAGGCUCGGACAUCCAGAGAUGUUCUCCGAGAAAUGUCUAAAGACCAACCGCGUCUCCUGGCUGCCGUGGAGAUGGCCUCUACUGCCAUCGCUAAGGAGGAGACUGGCUCAGACGAUCAUGAAGCUUUGGAUAUUUACCAGCAAUGCUUAGGAGAGCUACUGUUGGCAUUAGCAGCCGAGCCCCAGGGUCGCAGGAGGGAGCUGCUCCACAGUGAGAUAAAAAGUCUCAUGACCAGAGCUGAAUACCUCAAGAAGCACGUCAAGAUGCAAGAGACUGAGAGGGACGUGUCCCUGGAUCGCGAAUCUCUCGCAGAAUCUGUCAGAAGCUCGUGCAGCUUGCAGUGAGCGGGGGAGCAGCUGUAAAAGCCCGGCGUGCGCUGGACUGUCCGUCAGCGUUCAGGUCGGACACGGAGCCCCUCACCACACCAGGCUUCUGCGGGGGCCAAAGCACACCACAGCCUAACCCACUGAGUACACUAUCUGGGUGGGAUGUGACAGUCGUCAGCCAAAGGUGGAUGAUGUUUUGGCUACUGCUUUAAAGUUCCCCUUCCAAAGAAUUGGCAGGUAAAGGGCUGAGUUUAAAUGAUGUGUUUCUUUUUCUUUUUUAUAUAUAUAAGAGAAAAGGGAGGCUCCUUCAGUCCUGAAAGUAGCUCUUGAAUUUUGGAUUUGCACACCGCUGAAUGUGAAAGUUGCCGGCCUUUUUACUGCGUGUUGUUGGCGAGCUGAGCCUCAAUCCCCUCCUCCAGACACACCAUUGACAUGUAAAUGCCGGACAGCUUGGAUGACAAUACCAGCCCUUCUCUACCAACCUGCCAUGCUAAACGAGUUAAACUGAGGCUGCUGCAUUAGUUUAGCGGACAACAGCUACACGUCCCCUUCAGCAUGCUUAGAAAAACCGCAAGAAAAACGGCAACACGGUCACACAUGAGCUGUAACUCAUAUGGAGAAUCACUGGUGUCUAGAAAUGUACUGGUAAACUUUUUAGAUAGAUGUGUGCAAAUCCCUUUACUUUGGGUCAGCCACAGACCCACCAUGCCCCCUUCGCUCACAGUCCUCAUCUGGGGUGGGGCUUCUGCCUUAUUUGCACUGUUCUUGUAUUUAACUUGGGAUGGAGAUCUGUAUUUGAACCAUUUUCUAACAACAAACCCUCCAUGCUUUAAUUAAAGUUCAGAAAAUAUGCUGUUAGCUCUCUUGUCUUACUGUAAAAAUGUUCCAAAAGGGAAAACGUUAUUGGCAAUUUCCACACUGCUGUAUUUUUUUCUUUUCGUUUUUUUUAUGAAAAACUUGUUGUUUUAUUGUGUAUUUAUUGGAGGACAAGGUGGAUAU